CUCUUAUUGUUGGUUCAACUUCUCGACUACAAUGGAGUUGAAGGAACGAGGGAUUUAUUGGAAAGAGAAGAUCAAGAGUUGGAGAAGCAACUUAAGCUCAUGAACAAGCCAGCAGUUAAGACUAUAAAGACGCAGUAUGGGGAUAUAUAUGAUUGCGUGGAUUUCUACAAACAACCAGCAUUUGAUCAUCCUUUGUUGAAGAACCACAGUUUUCAUUUUGAGAUGAAACCUUCUUCGUUGGCUAAAAGAAAAAGAAAGCAAGUCUCCUCUGAAGAUGAAAAACCCGUACAUAUAGGGUUGAUUGGUGGAGGCUGUCCUGUUGGUACAGUUCCUAUUAGAAGAGUCACAAAAGAAGAUCUCAUCAGAGAGAGAAAUGCUUCGAAAGUAUUGUCUUUUGCAGAUAAUACUCUCGGUGCUCACUACGCCGUGGUUCGAACAAGAGCUAGCCAAAACAAGUUCAAUGGAGCUGGAGCGGUACUUAGCUUACAUAAUCCUCGUGUUUCCGGAAGACAAUAUAGUGCAGCAAGAUUCAUGCUUCAAAACGGGGCCGAUACCAUACAAGUUGGGUGGAGGGUUGAUCCAACGUUGUAUGGUGAUUCUAAGACUAGACGAUUUAUACGAUUGGAUGCAGGUCAAUCUCAUUGUUUCAAUACUAGAUGUCCUGGAUUCGUUCAUGUGAGAUCGGAUAUACCUCUAGACUUAGUCUAUCCCCAAAUUUCUGUUCCUGGAAAAGAGGUGUACGUAGUGCAACUGUACAUCGACCGGGACCUAGUUAAUGGAAACUGGUGGCUUUUAGUUGGAGAUGACAAUACCCAGGUUGGAUUUUGGCCGAAGAGAAUAUUCACCGGACUAGCAGACAUGGCUUCCUAUGCCGAAUGGGGAGGAGAAGUGUUUGGUCCCCCAGGCACACCUACUCCUGGAAUGGGCAAUGGUGCUUUUACUAUAGAUGAUACACAUUUCGACUCAUACUUCAGAAAUGUUGAAGUCAUUGAUGAUGGUGGGCGAAAUAUCGACGCCUAUAACACAGAGCCCUUCGCAGACAACAAUACCAAAUAUAAAGUUUUUGAUUUAGAACACUCUAGUUUGAGACAUUUGAUUCUGUAUGGAGGCCCUCCUUCAGGCUGAUGUAAUUGAUCUUCUAAAUUAUUAUUUUUAUACUCUCUUACUAUUUUCAAUAAAAUAAGUGAGCCACAAUGCA